CUCACAUACCCCUCCUCAUCAUCAUCACAAAAAUCUCUUUUUAUUGAAUUCUCUCUCUCUCUCUCUCUCUCUCUCUCUCUCUCCAUUUGUCCAUAUAAUCUGACAGACGCCCUUUUUCACCACCUUCAGAUAUAACUCGGUUUCUUUCUCUUUCUCUCCCAAAUGUACUUUCACUUGAGGUUUCUUUGUCACACCUAAGAAACAAAGAAAAGAAAGAAAGAAAACUCUCUCUCCUUUAUUUUCAUUUUUCUUUUCUCUUGUUCUUGAUCCCGUCCGUUACACUCAAGAAACUGUCUUCUAAUUUCUUUUUUCCUUUAUACACAUUUGUUUGUUUUUGUUGAAGAAGAUAUCACUCUUACAGAUGGGAUAUUGUUUUGUGUGUGUUUAGUGUUUCUUUCUUUUUCUAGGCCAAUAUAUAAUACUAGAAGCAAACCGAGAGAAAACAUAAGCCAAAAGUAGAAACCAAGAAAAGAAAGUUUGAGAAAAGAAAAAACAUGUUGGAUCUCAAUCUUGAUAUCAUCUCUAGUGAUUCUUCUUGUCAUAGCCACAACAGCAAGAGGAAGGACAGGAGCAAGAAUGAUUAUAUGGUAAUACCAGAGGUUCCUGUCGUUCCAAUAGAGGAAGAUUCAGGCACAUCUAAUUCCUCCAUUAUUAUCAACACAGAAGAAGCUUUAACCAAUCCAGGAGAUGAGAACUCAUCGAACAACAUCCACAAUUCUGCCUUCAUUUUUGAUAUCUUGAAGAAAGAAAAAGCCGAUGAUGAUAGCAACAGCAAUGAUAACGCUUUCAGAGAAAGCAAGAGCAACCCGCAUCAAUAUUUCACUACUCAACAACUUUUCCCUGAGAGAAGUCAGUUAGACUUGGAUUUGAAGUCUGGAUUGGCCAUGAUAAGGCCCCAGCAGCAUCAGUGGUUGAAAUUAUCAGAGAUGGAUUCUAGUGCAGACGGUGGAGAAGCAGAGCUGAGAAUUGUCCAGCAAAAACAGCAGCAAAUGAGGAAGAGUAGGAGAGGACCCAGGUCAAGAAGCUCUCAAUAUAGAGGAGUCACUUUUUAUAGGAGAACUGGAAGAUGGGAGUCUCACAUAUGGGAUUGUGGGAAGCAAGUGUAUUUAGGUGGAUUUGACACUGCCCUUUCUGCAGCAAGAGCAUAUGAUCGAGCUGCAAUUAAGUUCAGAGGAGUUGAUGCUGAUAUCAACUUUACUCUAAGUGAUUAUGAAGAAGAUAUGAAGCAGAUGAAAAACCUCGGCAAGGAAGAAUUUGUUCAUAUUCUUCGUCGCCAAAGCAAUGGAUUCGCGCGGGGAAGCUCCAAAUACAGAGGCGUAACUCUGCAUAAAUGUGGCAGAUGGGAAGCUAGAAUGGGGCAAUUUCAUGGAAAGAAGUAUAUGUAUCUUGGAUUAUUCGACAGCGAAGUAGAAGCUGCAAGGGCUUAUGACAUGGCAGCCAUCAAAUGUAAUGGAAGGGAAGCUGUGACCAACUUUGAGCCCAGUGUUUAUGGAGGAGGAGGAAUGGUUUUUGAUCCAACUGGGAAUGGUCACAAUCUUGAUUUAAGCCUUGGAAUUGCUGUGCCAAGAAAUGAUUCAAAGGGGAAUAGCAAGCAUGUAAGAGACUACUGCUACUUCCCCUGCACCAACGAUCGGGAAGUGCCCAACAAUGAAAGACCAAUGGUUGAGAGCGCUGCUUCUUCGGCACCUAAAGGCGUACUGCAUGAAAACAGUCUGCCGUUGGCAUCCAAGAAUCGUCCAACAUUGUCUGGCAUAUUUUCUGGUUUACUACCACCAGGGGAUAAGGAAAGGUUUAUAAAUAAGAGGGUGGAAGCGGAUUCUUCGCAGAAAACCUCAAGCUGGCUAUGGAAAAUUAAUGGCAACAACAACAACAACAACAACAAUGUUGCUACAAAUUCAAAGAUAUCAGUCGCAGCAUCAUCAGGAUUCGCUUCAUCAUCCGACAGUCAUUGCUUCUUCAACAACCUUUCCCUUCAACCAGAAUAGCCAUUCUAACAGCCCCACCACACAUCUGCCUUAACACCUUCCAUUACCACUCAAACAAGAGCUGCAAAGAGCGUGAUUUCUCACUGUUAUGCUCUUUAGAAUGUUAGUUGAGCAACGAAACUGAUUAAUCCAAUUAGCAGUCCGUACUCAGUUGGGUCCCCCCCCUUUCCCUGUUUCUUUUUUCAGAGUGAAAAAGAGAAAGAAAAUCUGAAGCAAAAGAUUUGUCCUCACAAGUACCCUGUAAACCUUUUGUCAUUCAUAGCUUUAAGCAAGGGAAAGAUAUGAUCUAACCUUAGCUUAAUUUGGUAGAGGAUAUGUAUAAAUAUCAGAACUGAGAAUAUAUAUAUAUUCUAUUGUUUCAAAUUACCAAAAUUGUCAAUGGUAUUGAAUAGUAGAGAUGCUAUGUCUUUUUUUGUUUC